AUGGCUUCUUUCUACAAGACGGCAGCAACAGUGUGCCUCGUCGCACUCAGUGCGCUCGAGUCAGAGGCGCAGCAGAGCACUAAAUAUAAAUUUACAGUAGUGGAUGUAGAUGAAGACGCCUACUUGUCCACCAACUUGGCCCGUAAUGGAAAGCUCCCAGUUCACAUCAGUGAGGUCACAAAGGACGAAAGCCUAGUCACUGACCUGACGGCAAAAGUAGCACCCGAAGCACAGCAAGCUGCGGAGAACUGCGCUGCAUUGAUAACCACCGAACUGAAGAAUAACUUCCAUCACUCUUUCGAGUACGAACCCGCGUCCAAGGCCAGCCCAGACUACCGUCAGAUACUGCAGGACGCCCUUGACGUGGGAUUGAAGGAAUUCAAGUGUACCGAAGUAGUAACUCCAGAGGAGCCAGAAGUUCCGGUAUCGCUUCAAGAUGGAACCGGAGCUUCAGAAACACCGGAAGGAACUUCAACAAAAGAUGCCGUACUUUUCUGCCAACUCAAACCUGCAGCGGUGAAGAACUCAGCCCCCUUUGAUGAGGAGUAUUUCAACGGACUUAUAGAACGAACCACUGAAUUAAAAGAUAUGACAGAAGACGACCUGAAGAAUUCGGUUGGAAAUGGCCCUGCAGCAACGGCCUCUACCAUUAUAAUUGCCGGCUUGGUUGCUAUCCUGACAGCCGUCUCUGCCUAG